CACUUGUUGGCUUCUCACUUGUUGUUCACUUGAAUUAUCUAUGACUUGAAUUGAUAAUGUGUCUUAUAUAAUCUAUGUCUACGGCAACGGUUAAUCUAUUGUAUACGACAACAGUUUGUCUAUGGCAACGAUAAUCUAUGGGUAAUGGUUUUAUUGUCUAUGGGUUUUAUAACCUAUAAAAGCCUAUAACCUCGAAAGUUCCUGUGCUUCAAUCUGCAUCAAUUUCUUUUCUUUUUGCAUGUUUUUUAAAUCAUUAUUAACGAGUGUACAAUAAUUAUACGGUUAUUGUUGUCUGUAACCACUUGUGUUAAGUAAAACGAGUUAUUUGUGUGUUUCAUCAUCUAAAAUUAUGGCUGAUGUAAUAUCGAAUUCAGUAAAUGAGAAUGUUGAAGGUUCGGCUCCAAAAACCGCUAAACAGUUAGAAAAGGAGGCCAAAAAACAAGCAAAGUUAGCAAAAUUGCAACAAAAAUUAGAAAAACAGACCUCUUCUCAACCAAAAAAGGAUUCUAGUGAGAAGAAAGAAAAAAAAAAGGAGAUUAAAGAGUCUGCUGAAUAUACUAUAGCAACUCCUGCUGGACAGAAAAAGGAUGUCAGUAUCUCUUUACCUGAUUCUUACAGUCCUAAAUAUGUGGAAGCAGCUUGGUACAGCUGGUGGGAAAAGCAGGGUUUUUUUAAACCAGAAUAUGGACGAAAGUCUGUAUUGGAGAACAACCCAAAAGGAAAGUUUGUAAUUAUUAUUCCUCCUCCAAACGUAACAGGGUCUCUCCAUUUGGGUCAUGCAUUAACAAAUUCAAUUCAAGAUGCCUUAGUAAGAUGGAAUAGAAUGAGAGGAAAAACGACACUUUGGAAUCCUGGUUGUGAUCAUGCAGGCAUUGCUACUCAAGUAGUUGUAGAAAAAAAAAUAUGGAGAGAGGAGAAGAAGACAAGACAUGAUAUUGGCCGAGAGGCAUUUAUUAAACGAGUGUGGGAUUGGAAGAAUGAGAAAGGAGACCGUAUCUAUUUGCAAUUACGUAAGAUGGGUUCCUCUUUAGAUUGGGACCGCGCUGCUUUCACCAUGGAGCCAAAGCUUUGCCGGGCCGUUACUGAAGCCUUUGUUCGUCUCCAUGACGAAGGAGUUAUUUACAGAUCGAAUAGAUUAGUGAAUUGGUCUUGUACAUUGAAAUCAGCUAUUUCAGAUAUAGAGGUAGAUAAGAUCGAAUUGCCUGGCCGUACUUUCCUUUCCAUUCCUGGCUACUCCGAAAAGGUAGAAUUUGGUGUUUUGGUAUCUUUUGCUUAUAUAGUUGAAGGUUCAGAUGAGAGACUGGUGGUGGCAACAACGCGCAUUGAAACGAUGCUCGGAGAUACUGCGGUGGCGGUGCACCCUGAAGAUGACCGAUAUAAACAUCUACAUGGUAAAUAUGUUAUACAUCCCUUUUGUGAUCGAAGAAUUCCUAUAGUCGCCGACGACUUCGUCGAUAAAGAGUUCGGUACAGGGGCCGUGAAAAUAACACCAGCCCAUGACCCCAACGAUUACGAAGUUGGACUGAGGCAUAAGCUUCCAUUUGUUACUAUCUUCGACGACGAUGGUAAUAUCAUUGGUGAUUAUGGAAAAUUUACGGGAAUGAAACGUUUUCAAGCCCGUAAAGAAAUCCUCAAUAGUUUAAAGGAAAAAGGACUUUAUGUCGAAACAAAAAAUAACCCGAUGGUGGUACCGGUAUGUAGUAGAAGCAAGGAUAUAGUAGAGCCUCUUCUGAAGCCCCAGUGGUAUGUUAAAUGCUCAGAAAUGGCUGCAUUAGCUGUCGAAGCAGUGCGUUCAGGGCAACUUAAAAUUAUACCCGAGUUCCACAUCAAAACUUGGUACCACUGGAUGGAGGGUAUUAGGGAUUGGUGCAUUUCAAGGCAGCUUUGGUGGGGUCAUCGUAUUCCGGCUUAUUUCGUGUCAUUCUCAAAGAAUUCCAAAAUUCCUGCUGGCAAGGAAUCAGACGAUACUUACUGGGUAUCAGGACGCGAUGAAGCAGAGGCUUUGGAGAAAGCUUCUAAAAAGUUUAAUGUGUCAAAAGAACAAUUGAUUUUACGAAGGGAUGAAGAUGUGUUGGAUACAUGGUUUUCCUCGGGUCUGUUUCCAUUUUCCAUCUUCGGCUGGCCAGAUGAAACAGACGAUUUGAAGGCAUUCUUUCCAGGGACUUUACUUGAAACUGGUCACGACAUUUUAUUCUUCUGGGUCGCCAGGAUGGUCUUUUUUGGGCAGAAAUUGUUGGGAAAGUUGCCAUUCAAGCAAGUUUACUUGCACCCAAUCGUCAGAGACGCUCAUGGUCGUAAAAUGAGCAAGUCUCUUGGUAACGUUAUCGAUCCUAUGGAUGUAAUUAAGGGGGUGUCGCUCGAAGAACUCCACCAACAGUUAUUGGAUGGGAAUCUAGAUACUAAGGAAAUUGAGAAAGCUAAGGCUGGACAGAAACAGGACUAUCCCGAAGGAAUACCGGAAUGUGGAACUGAUGCUUUGAGAUUCGCUCUUUGUGCCAUGUGUCAAGGACGCGACAUUAACCUAGAUAUACUUAGGGUGCAGGGCUACAGAUUUUUCUGUAACAAAAUUUGGAAUGCUACGAAGUUCGCACUGACGUACAUAGGAACCGAUUUCGAGUUGACACUAAAAGGAAGUCAGCUUACAGGCAAGGAGAGUCCUAUGGAUUUAUGGAUGUUAAGUAGACUGGCGUGUGCUGUAACCAUUGUUAAUUCAGGAUUCGAAGUUUACGAUUUUACCCAAAUAACCACAGCAAUUUAUAACGUUUGGCUCUACGAGCUAUGUGACGUUUAUUUAGAAUAUUUAAAACCUGUGUUUACCAGCGAUGAUAAGGAUGCCAUUUUGGCAGCAAAGAUGACAUUAUACAGGGCGUUGGAGAUCAGUUUGAGGCUUCUUUCACCUUUUAUGCCCUUCAUUACCGAAGAGUUGUACCAAAGGUUGCCCAGACCUCGUGCUUUGGCUCAUAGCGUUCCGAGUAUUACAGUAGCUGAAUUUCCGGAACCUGUGCAGUGUCCCUGGCGUGAUGAAAAAGUCGAACAAGAAGUAGAGUUCAUUCAGAAGGUGGCAAAAGCCAUCAGGUCAACCAGGAGUGAUUACAAUUUACCAAACAAAACGAAAACGGAAGUUUUUGUAAAAUGUAGCGACUCUGUUACCGAAGAUAUCAUUUGUAAAUAUAACGACGCUCUGAAGACGCUGUCGUAUUGUUCGCGUGCCGACGUCAAUGUCUCUGCUCCCGAGGGAUGUACCAUUAUAACCGUUUCGGACAAGUGCGAGGUUCAGUUGGUACUCAGAGGGCUCAUCGAUCCGGAAAAAGAAUUAGCGAAGAUGAGAAAGAAGUUAGGCUUCUUAGAAACCACAAAGAUGAAACUGGAGCAAGCAAUGACCAUUCCCGACUAUGAAAAGAAAGUUCCGCAGGAAGUACAGCAGGUCAACAGAGAUAAACUGAGUCAAACUGAUGUCGAAUUAGAGAGAAUUCAUGCAGCUAUCGAAACGUUGAAAAUAAUGGGAUGAUGAUGUAUUUAUGUAGUAGUUAUGACAAUUGCAUUUGAAUAUGUUAAUGAUAAAUGAAAUUAUUUAAACUUUUAAUUUAAAAUUACGCGAAUUUAAAACUAAAGUGUUAUCUGUCUUGAAUAAAAGACCAUUUUAAGAUU